AUGGCUCUCUGUGGGCAUGUAGCCCACCUGCCCAAUUCUCCCGUCGGCCUACACAAGCGUGCAAUGAACCCUUUCGCUGCACAACCGGAAGUACCAGUCGGCCUUUUUGAAGUUCACACACUUUUGCGCCAUCUUGCAAGACAGUCAAAAGUGGGAAAACGCUUGUCGGUUGGCCGAACGGACGAAUCGCGGACUCGAGCAGGCGAGCAAACGAGUUGCCAUUUCAGAUAA